GCUUAAACUGCGACUCCGACUACUGUAUUUCCCAAUGCUGCGCUGCGCCGCACGUCUUUAAACAUUACUCUUUUAUGCACGAGCAACUUUCCAUCCUCUUUCGCAGCAUCCUGUCGCACGUAUCUACAGCCGAUACAGACAUCAACUUUUCCCCUACAUGAUUUCCCCUCAGUAGACCUUACAGACGCAACAUCGCAACCAUGCCUCCAUUCCGUAUGCCUUUUACUUCUCGACGCCCAGUCGCAACCGACGUCGCCGACGAGAAUGCACGACCAACCUCAAUGGACCAGUCUGUCACCAGUCCCUACAAAGACAAGCCUUCACUGGCUUUAGGGAUCAAAGAGAAGCGAGCAGACCUCAACGAGUUCAAAUUAAGUUCCGUUAACGAUAGUGGUGAAUACCUUCCACCCUCACCGACUGAGAAAGAAUCCUUCUGGUCAAAGGCAAAAUCCCCUGCCUCAACGGUUUCCAACCACCGUCAAUGCUUCAACGACAACGAGCCCUUCUCAAUCUCCCGAGAGUCCUUUGAAUCCUACCGAAGAUCAUUUGAUAUCUCUGGUCGGUCGCCCAUCCUACAGGCCGACAGCUUCACUUCCCGGUCCUCCCUAGAUUCCCGUGCCCCUAGUAGAUUUCCUACCAGGUCUACGUUCAACAGCACUACCUUUGAGGCACCAACGAAAGAAGAGGAAGGAUUCGAAGAUGUCAAGCUAAAUGAAGACGUCAAGCAACAGCCGAAAAAGAAGAGUUUCCUCUCCCGGUUCGGCGACUCGAGUGGUGAGAACCUGACCACAAAGGAAGAAGGCAAACAUCACUUCCACAUAAUCCCCGGACGCAAACGAGGUCAAAGCGGCACAGGAAGUGAGCUCAAGGACAUCCCUCGUCCGCAGAGCAACGGAAAAGCAGAGGUCACCGUGCGAUAGACCAGGGAUUGAUUGUUGACGAUUAUCAUUCUACGCCAUGCAUUACGAAGAGAAUUAUCGAUUGGGACGGCAGAACCGGCGUUUUCCUAAGGAUGCAUUGUUUGGAUCCAGGCAUUUUGAGCAUUGACGGGCAGUCACAAGAAAGAGGCGGAGUCGAAACUGAACGACUUCGACAAGCAGACCAGCCAGGAAUUGGAGGUCAACUUCAGGCCUCUGUUAUCAGAGAGUACGUGGCUAUGAUUGAAAGACUAAUAACUAAUUGUCCAAUGGCUUCAUUGUGAGUCUUGGUGUUCAAUGUGGUCAUUCUAUUUACCAUUAGUAUCGUCGGCGGCCUCAUCCACCUCCUUCUCUAGCUUGUCAUACGCUUGUUUCAUCACGCCGACAAUCUUCUUCACUUCAUCCUCUGUCACAUUAUACGGUGGUGACAGAAUGGCAUGAUCUCCCUUCGUCCCGUCGACCGUCCCAG